GGCGCUCCUUCCGAUGCUCUCGCAAUAUUCUUGCUUAUUGUUGGUGAAAGUAAAUAAAAGAACAAUAAUAUAUACUAAUCAAAAUGUCAGGUCGUUUAAAAUACAAGGAAGAUUCGACUCUUCCACGGCUCGUUGAUUAUCUUGUGGUCGUGAAAACAUGACGAGAAUUCUUAUGGUGUCGGAAAUAAUCAAGAACAAGAUAUACGGAGAAUCGUUACAAAAUAUGCUAGACGAUCGUCCCGUCUCCCGUAGAUUAACCUCAAUUCACCUUGGCGAAUUUCUAAAAUCACGAGAACCCAAAGAGCAAUCGCUACGAGACUCUAGGGACAAUGGGACUCGGCUUAUUCGUUUUAACCGAGCUUAUUCCGUAGAUUUAUUAAAUAUUAUCCUGUAACUUACCUAUAUACGUAUAAAAACGCGCAAUACAUAAAACCUGUAAACAAGUGUUUGAGAGACUAUUUAAUCAUUGUUCAUAUUGUAUAUUUAAAUUCGAACAUUAAACAUGAUGACUACUGCGGUACAAGACUGGAAUAAUGCCUGUAGACUUUGUUCGGAGGAGAAGGCGGAGAUGUUGUCGAUAUUUGGCGACGAAGGUGUGCAAAGAAAAGUCACCCAAAAGAUGAGAGCCUGCUUUCCCAUAAUGGUAUACAAAAGCGAUCCGUUGCCAAAACAGAUAUGUCAAUUCUGCGCAGCCAGAUUAGACGACGCUUACGAAUUCAGAGAACGUUGUCUCGGCGUCUACAAAUCUAUGCAUAUACAACUUCUAGCCUUAAAGGAUUCCGAAACUGUAAAAAUAUUUCUCGAUGCCAUGAAGAAUUCUCCUGAUCCUUGCCAGGCCCAGCUUUGCAAAGAAAAAGCACGUGCUCCGCCACCGUUGGUUCCUUUAUCUGCUUCGCUACCAGCUGAGAAGUCGUCUGUUUUCAUCGGCAUGCAAAAGACAGAUCAGUCUAAUGCGGCCAAUGAAACUUUGGUGGAACUUCCUUGUGAAGUGCAGAUCAAAGAGGAGCCCUUAGAUACGGCUGAUGGGAACGGACCGAUCUUGGGUACUGCGAUUAUGACAGCGGAAGAAUUGUUGGAUUCAGUUCGCAAUGAUCGAAUGGAAAUUUCUCACCAAGAGGAUUACGCCUCGAGGGGUACAAACGGAACGGAAAACAGAAAUCCAUUCAGUAAUGAAUCGAACAUUGGAAUUACUGGUAGACCAGGGAAUGGAAGCACUAGCAUUUUAGAACAAGUAUUAACUGGAAGCUUGACGAUAAACGAUCGAAUAGAGACAAAACCAAAAUUUAAACCAAGUUCCAAAUGGUGGUGUGCGCCGUGCAAUAGAUACUAUAGAACAAAAGAGAGUUUACGCAAACACAUGCGGCUCUUCUGUCCGCGUAGAUACAGAUGCAAAAAAUGCUCGAGCGUGUUUCAAUCCGUGGAAGAUCUUGCAAAACAUGAAGGAUCGCAUCAUCUCAAAGUUACUCUGAACUUUGACGAAUGUGUCAACGAGUGCGAUCAGUGCGAUCGCGAAUUUGUUAGCUGGGAAAUACUGAGGCAUCACAGACAACGGGAUCAUCAAUCAGUUCCUGAAUUGGCGACUGUAUCAAACACUUGGUGUUCUCCUUGUAAUCGUUUUUUUCCAACAAUGAAUUCAUACCAAAAUCACAAACAACUGCAUCAGCCAGAGACGGCAUCUGCGACGCCUGCACGUGGCGAAACAUUAUUCAAUAAGAAUCCUUUUGCAGAAAAUAUCAAGUCACUCAUGUGUCCCACCUGUGGAAAGGUGUGUACGCAGCAGAGUGCAUUAUCAAAUCACAUGCGAACUCAUGAACCAAAAAAACACAAAUGUGAAAUUUGUGGCCGCUCAUUUGGGCUGUUUAUUCGAUUAGCGGCACACAGGCUGAGCGAGCAUAAUCAACAGCCUGUCAUGUCUCCUGUUAACGCCAGCGUCGAACAAGAGGAAGCAUUAAAUGCGGAGAGAGAAGCCCGGGAAGCCAAUGAAGCGAUAACUGGUAUAAGCAAUAGAAGCUUCAUUAAGGAGUCCGAUGAAGAAGAUGUUUCUAUGGAUGGUUCGGCUCAUGCAAGUAAAGACAUCAACAUGGGCACAUCGAAGAAUGUGGCCCGUUGCGGUAUUUGUUUGCAGUGGUUCAACGAUCACACGACGAUGCUGACUCAUUUGCAAACACAUUCCGAGAGCUACGUGUAUAAGAGCUUCAGCUGUAGAGUUUGUAAAAAAACGUUCAAAGAAAAAUGGCAGCUUCUUCGUCAUGAGAUUUCUCACAAACGUGCAAGCAACGCAAGUAAAUACACGUGUUCCACGUGUAAAAAAUCAUUCAAAGACAAGGCGCAACAAAAGGCACACGAAGCAACACAUAUUGUGGAUAAAACUUACCAUUGUCCACGGUGUAACAAGAUAUUCUUCAAGGAGAUUUCCCUGCUUGCACAUCAGUGUAAUGGAGGGAAACCUGUAUUUGGAAAGCGUGGUGGUGCGACAAAGGCUUCAUCCAAGUCAUCACAGCAAUCCUUCAACACACACAAGAAGUAUAACUGUUCAAAAUGCAAUGCAACUUUCAACAAUUCUCAGUCGAGAAAUUCUCACAUGAGAGUACACACCCAGGCACAUGCAAUGCUCCAGGUACGAAAAAAAGAAUUGAAAAAGGAAUUGGAAAUGACGAAAGCAAUGCCAAACCUUACGCCGGAACAUAUGUCACCAGGUACGUCGGUUCCAACGCAGAUUGAGCCUACAGUUGAAUUGAAAAUUGAGGAUUCACCGAGUGCUCCUCCUGCUCUCAAACGUACACUAAUAAGGACAGGUGGCGGAUAUCGUUGCGGUGUAUGCCAGUCACCAUUUGUCCUGCGAGAACUUGCAGUGGCGCAUUUGAGAUCAGCCCAUCCUGCUGCAACGUUUCACUGUCCUCAUUGCAAGAAGCAGUUUUCUACGCGAUAUACUUUGUCUCGUCAUAUUGAGACGGUACAUCCUGAUGAAUCAGAAAAAUAAUUAGUGUAGGUUAUUUGUAUUAUAUGAAGAUUUACAUAUUUGACGAAUUAUUGCUACACUAGUAGGUACGUAUUUAUUAAAGUGAGAAAGUAUGAAUUAUACAAUUUACAAUAACGUAAAUAUAAUUUUCUAUUGCCUUAAAAUGACCUAGAAAUUUUCUUGUUAAAUGUUAAAAAAACAAUUUAUUGUCGACAAAGUAUAAUGAACUAUACUAUAUAUAUAUAUAUAUAUAGCAUUCGAACCUAU